AUGAAGACUUGGUUCCUGGGAGGUCCGGUUGGUGUGGGUGUUUGCUUCAUGGUGAAUAGUGUAGCCGCGUGCCGCUGGGCAUUGCAGCACAGGGAUCCACCCGAGAAUGCGAUUGUGGUAAUCCGAUCAUUGGAUGCAACGAAUCCGUACCUGGGCCAAGAAUUCUGCAAUGGCUUUUGGCGACAAACCUUUGAUCUGAACGACAACAUCUGCAGAGCUGUAGCAGCCGGCAGGAUGCCCUUGCUACGAGCGCCAGGACGAACCUUCCAAGUUCUGACCAAACAAUCUGGGAUACCUCUAGCACGGGUCCUUCCCGUUCGCCGCAUCGCGUCCCGGCUCUGCUCCUCCUGUAGCGCCAGCACCAAUGCCUCGGUCGCAGAAGGCAAACCUCCGGCGCCAGAUCACCGGACACUCGGGCUCCAGCAGGAGUUGUUCAUGACGUCCAUCUACAGCCCCGGAUCCCCCAUCCUUCUCCCCAACGGCGCGCGCAUCUUCAACCGCCUGGUCGAUUUCUUGCGCAAGCAAUACAUCCGCUAUGGCUUCCAAGAAGUCAUCACACCCACCAUCUACAAGAAGGCCCUAUGGGCCACGUCGGGCCACCUCGAAAACUACGCCGACGACAUGUACACGGUGACGAGCACCUCCCCUUCGCGUGCCGAGCUCACCGAGGGCGGCGAAGAAGCCGAGUACGGGCUCAAGCCCAUGAACUGCCCGGGCCACUGCCUUAUCUUUGCGUCGCAGAAACGGAGCUACCGCGACCUCCCGAUCCGCUACGCCGACUUUAGCCCGCUACACCGCAACGAGAUAUCGGGCGCCCUCAGCGGCCUGACGCGCGUGCGCAGAUUCCACCAGGACGACGGACACAUCUUUUGUCGGCCGUCGCAGAUCAAGGAGGAGAUCGCAAAAACGCUCGACUUUGUCCGCCUGACCUACCGCGUGCUUGGCCUCGGCCCCUACCGGCUGGUGCUCUCGACGCGACCGGAACAAUAUAUUGGGUCACCCGAGGAGUGGGCACAGGCGGAGGGGGCGUUAAGGACGGCACUCACUGAGAGCGGGCAUCAAUUCGCCGUCAACAAGGGCGACGGUGCGUUCUACGGCCCCAAGAUUGACAUAAUCUUGAAGGAUUCGGACGGGAAAGAGCACCAGACUGCCACCAUCCAGCUAGAUUUUCAGCUUCCCAAACGUUUCAAUUUGGAGUACACAGCGCCAGCACCCGAGUUCGAGAGACGGGGGAAAACCACACAAGACCCCACGCUGCUCGCCGAGUAUGGCCCUGUCCAGCCAGUCCUCAUCCACCGCGCCGUGCUCGGUUCGGCUGAGCGGCUCAUGGCGUUGCUGAUUGAGCACUACAAUGGAAAAUGGCCCUUCUGGCUGAACCCGCGACAAGCCAUAGUCAUUACGGUCAACAGCACUGAGCCUGUGGUCAAUUGGGCACGCCACACCCGGGACCUGCUACUCGGGGUCUCGCCCGCAUCUUCGACGACAGAAGCAGCCUCGCCCACUGGCCUUGCCGUCGACUUUGACGGCAGCGACCGAAGCGUAGGCUUGAAGACGCGGGAGGCCAUAUCCAAGGGUUACGGCUUGAUCAUCGCUGUUGGACCCCAGGAUGUUGAAAAUCAGACGGUUGCCGUCAAUGCGUCCGCCCUAGCCAAGCCCGGCGCCACCUCUGAAGAGCUCAAAAAGCUAAAGCGGUUGAACAUGACCCCUGAGCAUGCCCGCGCGUAUAUGCUCGACCUAGUGAAUGGCUCGAGCCACAGUAAUCGUUCAGGCAGCUUGCUGGCUGCGGAGGGGAAUGACGCAGCCGGGGAGGUCGGGCUCAAGCUCGUUGCCGAGCUUACGGAGUACGGAUCCGUACCUGCCCAGCCCCCGGACCAAACCCAAGCUUCCUCCUUGAUCUCACUGGUUGAUGAAAAACAUCCAACGAGCUACGUCCCUUUCCACACUCUCACGACCCGCGCACACGGCAUCCCCCUCCGCCAAAGCGCCCCGAUCAAGAAGACCCCGUGCCCUCUUGAGCUGCCCAUCUUGUCAUACCUCCGCGGUAAGCGCGUGAUUCUCGCCAGCGGCUCGCCCCGGCGAAAAGCGUUACUCACACAACUGGGCCUCCACAACCUCGAAGUCCGCCCCUCCAACGAGCCAGAAGACCUCGACAAGAAAUCCCACACGCCCGAAGAAUACGUAGCCGCCACCGCCCAACGCAAGUGCCUCGCCGUGUACCAAGCAGCCCUCGCAAAGCAGGACGAGAUCGCAGCGUCCAAGGACCCCAACCCGGCGCCAGACCCGCGCGAGAGGGAAGACCCGGCGCUUGUCAUCGCCGCCGACACCGUCAUCGCGACCCGCAAUGGCCAGAUCCUGGAGAAGCCGCGGUCUGAGCAGGACCACAUCCGCAUGCUCAAGCAGCUGCGCGACACGGUGCAUCACCGGGUGCUGACGGGCGUGUGCGUGCUGGCGCCCAAGGUGGAUGCGUCGCACCCCGGGUAUGAGCUCGAGACGCACGUGGAGGAUACCAAAGUGUACUUUGCCGGUGCCGACGACGGCUUGCCGGACGAUGUCAUUGAGAGUUAUGUGCGCACCCGCGAGGGGGCGGACAAGGCUGGCGGGUAUGCGCUGCAGGGGGUGGGCGGGAUGGUGCUUGUUGAUCGGGUCGAGGGGAGCGUGGAUAAUGUGAUUGGGCUGCCGGUCAGGAAGUGCUUGCAGCUGUGUGAGAAGGUGAUAUUCAGGCAGGGGGAGGAGCAGGAUGGGGAUCAGAGGAGUUGGGGGUUACAGGAUCGGAAAAGGGGCCAAGGAGGAAUGACCUGGCAUUAG